GCAGGCGCGCGCGCUUUCACGUCAGUUUGUUGUCUUUUCUGAAAGCUGUUGUGAUUGUGACAGCUUUUUAGGUCGAGGGCAGAAAUGGAAUUUUAGGUAGGCUCAAUUGCUUCAGAGUCAGCUUAGUUUCUCAAAAAAAUGAGUGCAUCUAGAGUGAGGUUUCUUGCCUCCAAGGCUGCCUCUAAAUCUAGAAAGGAGGAAAGCGAAGAAGAAGAUUAUGACAGUGAAGAAGAGAGAUAUCAGCGAAAUCAAGAGAGGUUACUGAAAAAAGUAGAAGAGAGUGCCUCUGCUAUCAGGGCUCUUUCCAAAAUCACUCGCCCUUUCAUCACAGGAGCAUGGAGACUUGAAAGAGAGGAGCAACGACAGCAAAAUGAGAGUUCCUGUCAGACUGUGGUUAGUGUACCUUCCCUAAGUAAAGAAAACAAACCUCACUCUUCCUCAUCCAAGAAACCAAGUGAGUCAUUGAAUGAAGUGAAUAAAAGCUCAGACAAAGUCGAUAGUAGCAGAAGGAAAAGCUUUUGGUCUCCACCCAGGCAUGUGAAAGCUACUGAUGUUUCCACUAUCCUUGAAAUGGAGAAGACACCAAGCUGGAAGCCACUGCGUAAAAGUAAAGCAAGACAGUCUCUACUUCACUUAAAUAUGGAAAAUGCCUGUGGAUCUCCUGCUGUGCAAGAGGAUGAACUAAUAACUGCCUUCAAACCUCUCUCUGAAGUAGUUUUAAAACCAGACAGUAGUCCGCAUCCAAAACAGUCAACAAAAGUGUCAGAAGAACUGCGUACACCAUUGAGAGCAGUUGCAGCCGUGAACCAAGCUUUGGAGCGGAGGAGAAGCUCAUCAUCAUCUUUUGAAAGUAACUCGAUCGUUUGUCGCCCAUCUCAUGUUGAGAAUCAGACAAACUCUGAGACUGAGACUAAAAGUCAAUGUCAAUCUGUACAAACUGAACCGUCAGACAAUUGUGACAAGAUACCAAAUGACGCAGGACAAGAUCCGAAUCUUGAAAAAUUAAAUGAUUCAUUGUCAAGAACUUCCUCUUUCAAUGAUGAGGAAGAAGAUUACCCAUUGAAAACACCUAGCAGUAAACUUAUAAAAACUCAUAAAUCACCUGCUAGAUGUUCACCCAUUCUAUUGAAAGCUUUUGGGGAAGAGCAUUCUGUAAUUCGUGGUUCAAUUGGAUCCCCUGACAAAGUUGUAAACCUAGAUGAGUGUAGCAGUCCUAAGGAUCCAUCUAAAGUAUUAAAGGGUGUUGUAGCAUAUGUGGAGGUGAGGCGCGGCGAGGAUGACCGCACUGGUGGGUUCCGCUGGAAGCUGAAACAGCUUGGGGCAUCUGUAUCUGACACUCUUAAUAAAAAGGUCACCCACGUUGUGUUUCAAGAAGGUUUACUCUCUACUUUCCGCAAGGCCAAACAGCUUGGUACCUGUCUUGUUUCAACUCAUUGGGUGAUGGCUUGUGAUGAAAGUUUUACAAAAGUUGAUGAAACCAGAUAUCCCAUUGAAAAAUUGUCUCAAUAUGAACUUGCAGAUCCCCUUCAAAAAUGUAUAAAGAGACCAAAAAUCAUGUCACCUGACUUGGGCUCUGGAAGAGACGAGAAAGUACUCUCCAGAAGAUUACAAAGGAGGAGUGUUAAAGUAAACUCCCCGCUCACACGUGCCCCUCAAAAAGUAGACACAGUAAUGAAUAUAAUUAAAACACCAUCUCCUUUGAAAUCAAAGUUCCACUUGAACAAGUCCUCACCAAAGUCUAAACUUGAGAAAGAUAAUCCAGAUUCUGAUGAUGACUGGGAUGGAUUUCUUGCCAUGGUUGAAGCUCAAGUGAGAGAGAAAGCUUCAUCAAGAAGAAAAGCUGGAGAAAUAAAUGAAACCCCUAAAGACUUUGAAACAAGGCUUCAGCAGUUGUUAGGUCGUGGGGAAGAUCAGGGACAGAGUAAGAAAGAAUCCAAUCUUCCUCUAGCUUCCAUAUUUCACAAAGGAAAAGUGGCAAAUCAAACUGAAAAAACUGCUUCUAAAGCCACAAAGAAGAAUAAGUCGCCGGGACUUGCUGACUCUUCAGCCUCCAGUUCGGUCAUGAUGAAUUGGCUACAGAGACGUUCUCCUGAAAGUGGUGAGUUGUGUGGUAAACGAGAUCUGUUGUCUGCUUCUGCUGCUGCAGCUGCUUCUGCUGCAGCCGAUGAAAUUCUUCAGAGGAUGCUGAAAAAGAAUGGAACCAAGUCUGUUCAGCCUAUAAAAAAAUUAGGAACACCUCAGAAACUGAGUAUCAGUACAAAUGAAAAAAAUGCGUGUUUGAAUAAAAGUCUUGCUAUUGCAUCUGCCAGAACGUCAACUGUAACUAAAGACAGUAACCAAAAGGCUUCUGUAUUAUCUGCCAAAACGUCAGCUGUAACUAAAGACAGUAACAAAAAGCCUUUUGUAUCAUCUGCAAAAACAUCAACUAUAACUAAAGACAAUAACCAAAAGCCUUUUGUAUUUACUGGAUCAAAGGGUACUUUGCAGUCAAACAAACAACCAAUGAAGAACAAGAAACUUGAUUUUCAAGGAAGUGCUGCUUGUUCUGGAGCUAUGCGGAAUUGGUUGUCUGGAAUGAAGUCCCCUCCUCAACUAACAAAAGUGUUACCAGGGCAGAGUUCUAAUACAUGCUCCCCUAAAAAGUCCAAUGACCUUGUCAAAAAGAGGAAGGCAGCUUCAUUUGAGAUCGAAGAGAUGUCUGAGGACAGUCUGAAAUCAAAGAAUACCAGUAUAAGCAAGAAACACUGUGGAGAGCAAACUCCAACUAAAAAGAGAUUUACAUUGGAUCACCAAGGAAUGUCCACUACUGAACUCAUUUGUACAAAGUUUGAUGAGGGAUUGAGAACACCUACCAAAGUUGGCUCAGCCUCUAAAAAUAACAAGAAGAGCUCCUCAGAUUUGACUCCUAGACGACGCUCAAUGAGACUUACUCCCAGCAAGUGCACAUCACUGCCAAAUAGCAUCACACCACUUGAGACUGUGGAAGAAGACUCAACUGCAAGAUUUAAUCAAAUUGAAUCUUACUCACCAAGGAAAUUAUCUUCUUCUAAGCCAUCUACAAAGAAAACACCGAUCAAAUGCAGAGAUACACCAUUAACCAUAUUUUAUUCUAGUAAUCCAGUUAUCUAAAGGUUAAAGAAUCUUUCCUAGAAAGAUACAACCUGAUUGUUUUGUUGGAUUUUCCACCAUAACCCACGUCCUGUCUUAUCUCUAUUACUUUGAAUGGAAUGAUCUCGUCACAUAUUGUUUGGGAAUUUCAGUAUUUCUGAGUAUUAACUAUACCAUGUUCUCAUUGAUGUUUAUGUUUAAGGCCCGCAUUCUGUCACCAUAACCCUUAAAAGACAUUUAUACGAAUCCUUGUCCUAGUAGCAUAAACAUUAUAAGAAUAUUCUUACUAGGUAAUGAAAUGUUUUGAUGGCAUUCCUUGAUUAAUAUGUAUGUUCUACUAGGGAAGGACAUCACUUCAUUUUAUGUUUAGCUCUGCAUAUUUUCAUUUCAUCAAACUUGCUCUGUUAUGAAUUAUUUGUUGAUCAAUUACAAAGUCUGACUGAUUUACUCAGAAAGGAGGAAGAUAGUUCUUGUGUGAUAAUAAAUGUACUGUACUUGUGUUAA